GUGAUGUUCUCCCUGCGGGAGCUGUCAGGACCUCUGUCAGUGCUGAUGGACAUGGUGACCUGCUGCUCCUACUGUAACCAAAGCUUCUCUCUGGGAGUGCUGCAGCUGCUCAAAAGCCAGCUGGAGACAGCUCCACCUCAUGAGCUGAAGAACGUGUUCCAGAUGCUGCAGGAGCUUCUGGUCCUGGAAGACCCGCUGCAGUCCCAAAGACUGAAGUAUGCCUUUGAGUCAGAGAAGGGCCUGCUGGCUUUGAUGCAUCAGAGCAACAACGUGGACAGCAGGCGCUGCUACCAGUGUGUCAAGUUCCUGGUGACCCUGGCUCAGAAGUGUCCUCCUGCCAAAGAUUAUUUCAAAGACUUGUCGGGUCACUGGAGCUGGGCUGUGCAGUGGCUGCAGAAGAAGAUGACUGAACAUUACUGGACUCCACAGAGCAACGUGUCCAAUGAGACGUCCACCAAUAAAACCUUCCAGCGCACCAUUUCUGCACAGGACACAUUGGCCUACGCCACCGCACUGUUAAAUGAGAAGGAGCAGUCCGGCAGCAGCAACGGCUCUGACGGCAGCCCGGCUAAUGAGAACGCAGAGCGCAGCCUCCGACAGGGCUCAGAGUCUCCCAUGAUGCUUGGCGAUUCAAAGAGCGAUCUAGAAGACGUGGACUCCUAACUCGUCCAGCCGGUGGGAUCCUUCCAUGGACCUGUCAGCGGGGGUCCAGCAGCUGGCUGAAGGGGCUGCUCUUUGCCUCUGAUUGGUCGGGACACUUGGGACUCCACAGCAGGCCAAUCAGGACACUUUGUCUGCGUGGCUACAGCAGUGAAGCAGCCAUGAACACAUGAACGACUUCCUUUCAGAGCAGCCGAGGCAACAAGGAGACGCCUCGUCAGUGAGGAGCUGAUUACUGCAGAGACCCUUCCACCAGUCAGGGACCAGCUGUGGACUGGAGGACCUGGAGGACCUGGAGGACAGGUCCAGCUGUGUUUUAACAGAUGUCUGCUCACAGCUGCAGAUACAUCUUCAUAUUGUGAUGACAGUUUGUUUCCAGUGUAAGAAAAGGUUUUAAAGCA